AUGUCUGCAUGCUCGCGCACAGUCAGAGCCGUAUCACGCUCUCGCGUCCCGCCACUGAAAACACUUUUGCCAUUCCUGUACCAAACAACAACCAUCCAGCGAUGUCAGUCCGCCACACGACCAAUUGUGCGCCGCACCAUUGCUUCACGAUCACGUCCGGACAAUGGAGAUGAUAUUCCCUUCGUGGAUGAAAAUCUACCGCCUUCUAUCGACCACGAACCUGCACGAAAGACAACCAUAACAAGUACUGAGCGUGCAGCGUUCGAAAAAUUGUACAGAAAGUUCAACACUGAGGGACGACAACAAAAGGAAAAGGAUCAUGUUGUGGAGCUCGACCAGAUAGCGGACGAGUACUAUGAGGAUGACGAAGAGAACUCGAAGCCAUCUCUGGACCAGAUUUUCGACGAGGCUAUGAAAGGCGAAUCGCGACUUCGGUCAAUACGUACACUUGCUCAGCGGCAAAGAGCGGGUGCUCAGUCAAGGAAGGAUGGCUCGCCUACAAACCAAACUGGAACAGAAUUGGACAACUCACGAGGUGGUAGGAGGAAGGGCUUGGGCUUCGAUACAGCGCAGCUCAGAGAGAUGCGCCUGGCAGAACGAGAAAGAGUUGACAAACUCAUCCGCAAUGCACCCACCGACCGCGAGCUCUGGCAAGUUCUCGAACGCGAAGUCUUCACCAAAGUGCGUGCACUCGACCUUGACAACACCAAUGCUGGCGAAAGCAGACCACCAGCCGCCGAGUCCAACAGUAGAGCGCGGACAAAGGGUACCACACGGCCCCGGACUGUCACUAAACCCGAUCCACCUUCUCCCGAACAGCGUAUCCUGUUCCAAAACUACCCCCACCAUCUCAUAACCGCCGUCGUCACUCUCCGCUCAGAGUUUCCCUCCUCACUACUUCCCCUGUCCAUCUUUCCCACAAUCAAGAGUCUCGGUCGCUCUUCUCACGUCCUCGGUGCUACAACAACUCUUUACAAGCACCUGAUACACACAGCAUGGAUACAGCGAUCCUCUUUUACAACCAUCGACACGCUACUCACCGAAAUGGACAACAUCGCCAUCGAGUUCGACGCUGAUAUCCUUGCACUGCUCGACGCCAUUCUCAAAGAAAGUAAUCAGGCGAGAAGUGGUAUCUUUGGGCGAGAGCUACAGCUGGUGUACAGCAUGGAGCUGUUCGCUGAUGAGAUAAGUAAGAUUGUAAAAUGGAAAAGAACUGUGGCGGAGAGGUUGGGAUUGAAGAGUGAAGAGGCUAGAUUGGAUGAUAGGGUUGUGAGGAGGAUUCCGCAGCAGGGAGGGUCUGCGAGGGUUGCUGAAUCGUAUGAAAAUAGACAGGAUUUUCAGGUGGAGAAGCAGGGUGAUGCCGUCGGUGUAGUGGAGAGUGAUUCAGCACUGGAUGAUGGCGACAAGGACAAUGACGUGUCUGCCGAGGCAGCUGAAACCUCCAGCACUGCUGCCGACGAGACUAAUGGGGCGGUAUCGGUUACAGAGGGAGACGCAGCAGCAAGCACCGACGGCGAGGAAAGGAUCACUGUCGCUGCCGAAGAACCUGUCGAGCAAAACCGCUCCUCCGAGAACGACGACACACCCAGCGAACCCACCAAAAUUACAUCGUAG